CUAAAGCAGCCUAAACCCAUAACCCAGAGACUCAGAAAUAUUCCCGACGCCACCUGCAAGCUCUUUCUCUCUCAACAGACCCAGAAAAAUAACCCUAGCUCGCUCAAACUAUUCAUCAGCUACUCCUCUUCAAGCGGCCAUUCUCAUCUCUCUCGCUGCCUGUGCUUCUGGUCUCUGUCUCCUCGUUCCCAGCUUCUUCGACUUACUUACCGUUCUCUCGCACUUGGCACUCCAACUUCUCGCUCAGAGGAAAACUUAGGGACGUAUAAAAUGUCGCGGAAAGGCUUAAUGGAGCAGGACCUGAGUAAGCUGGAUGUAACUACGUUACAUCCGCUCUCUCCUGAAGUGAUAUCCCGCCAGGCCACAAUUAACAUAGGUACUAUUGGUCAUGUGGCACACGGCAAGUCCACUGUCGUGAAAGCAAUCUCUGGUGUUCAGGUGUGUGACUCUUUUAAGUUUUCUGCAUUACUCCAUGUUUACUUGAGUUUUCAGUUCUCUUCCCUUUUGAUGUAUUCUGUAAGGUUCAUUUAUAAGAGAGUUGAGACAAUUAUUAAUACUGUUCGAUUUAAAAAUGAGUUGGAACGAAAUAUUACUAUUAAGCUUGGGUAUGCAAAUGCAAAGAUAUACAAAUGUGAGGAUGACCGAUGCCCUAGGCCUAUGUGUUAUAAGGCCUAUGGAAGUGGUAAGGAAGACAACCCUUCGUGUGAUGUUCCUGGUUUUGAGAAUGCUAGGAUGAAAUUGCUCAGACAUGUCUCCUUCGUAGAUUGUCCGGGCCAUGAUAUUCUCAUGGCAACAAUGCUUAAUGGAGCAGCUAUUAUGGAUGGAGCAUUGCUUCUGAUAGCUGCAAAUGAAAGCUGCCCUCAACCACAAACGUCUGAGCAUCUUGCUGCUGUUGAAAUCAUGCGUCUUAAGCAUAUUAUUAUUCUCCAGAAUAAAGUUGAUCUUGUCCAGGAAAAUGUUGCCAUCAACCAGCAUGAAGCUAUUCAGAACUUUAUCCAGGGAACGGUUGCAGAGGGUGCUCCAGUUGUGCCUAUCUCAGCACAGUUGAAGUACAACAUUGAUGUGGUCUGCGAGUAUAUUGUAAAGAAAAUCCCUGUUCCGAAGAGGGAUUUCACGUUACCACCCAAUAUGAUCGUGAUCCGAUCUUUUGAUGUCAACAAACCUGGUUUCGAGGUUGAUGAUAUCAAAGGUGGAGUUGCUGGUGGAAGUAUUCUCACAGGAGUGUUGAAGGUGAACCAAUACAUUGAGGUCCGUCCAGGAAUCGUGCUUAAGGAUGAGAAUGGCAACAUGAAAUGCACCCCCAUCUACACUCGGAUAGUCAGUUUGUUUGCUGAGCAGAAUGAAUUACAAUUUGCCGUACCUGGAGGUCUCAUCGGUGUUGGUACAACAAUGGACCCCACUUUGACACGUGCCGAUAGGCUGGUGGGACAGGUCCUUGGGGACAUUGGUUCCCUCCCUGAUGUUUUUGUUGAGCUUGAGGUGAAUUUCUUCCUUCUGAGGAGACUGAUUGGAGUAAGGACUAAGGGGUCCGAGAAGCAAGGGAAGGUGUCCAAGCUGGUGAAGGGAGAGAUUCUUAUGCUGAACAUUGGGUCCAUGUCGACAGGCGCUCGGGUGCUUGCUGUGAAGAACGAUCUCGCGAAGCUGCAGCUGACGUCGCCUGUGUGCACCAGCAAGGGGGAGAAGAUAGCCCUGAGUCGAAGAGUGGAGAAGCACUGGCGCCUGAUCGGAUGGGGCAUGAUUCAGGCUGGAGCGACGCUGGAAGUUCCCCCCAGCCCACUACUUUGAGUGAAAGAGAGAAAGUAAGACCAAGGUAGAGAGCCAGAGAAAAAGCGUUUAAGAAACCGAAACCAAAGUUCUUUUUGCAGAAGAUGUGGAAGGGAAGGGAAUUGCUUGGAACAAUUUUCGUUAGGUGGAGGAGAAAACAUGUUGAUUAAUCUGUUUGGUCUCAUUUUUUUGCAAAUCUUACAGUUCUGGGCACAUGCCAAUUCAAGUAUUCAACUAAAGAUUUAUGCUUUGUGACCAGGUUUUGUGGACGAUCAC